AUGCGUGGGUUAUACCCGGCUGACAUGGUUACAAACGUAGUCAACGAUGACGGUCCCCCGUCCCCCGUCUCGCCCUACCUGGCACCCCUCAUCACCGCCCUGAACGAGGCGGGCCACACAACCGUCGUGGUCAUACCCGACAAGCCGCUCUCCUGGAUCGGAAAAGCCCACGCCGUCGGCAAGACCCUGACCGCAGAGAGCAGAUGUCCAGCGUCGUUCUGUUCAGAUGACGCCAACAAAACUUGCAGCGUCCCCGGCUGCGGCGAGACUGAAGACCGCACCCACCGCUGGCUCAUCGUAAACGGGCCCCCGGCAAGCUGCACCCAACUAGGACUCUUCCACACGCCCGACCUAUCGCCGCAAGACUUUGACCUCGUCGUAUCGGGCCCCAACCACGGCCGCAACGCGAGCACCGUCUACGCGCUCAGCAGCGGCACCGUCGGCGGCGCCCUGGAAGCCGCGCAGUGCGGGCGCCGCGCCGUGGCCCUCAGCUUCGGGAGUAAAGACCCGCAACCGCCGGCGACCAUCCGCGCGGCCGUCAAUGUGCCCAUGGUCGCCGACGUCGGUGAGGCGCCGGUGAGGUUGACCAAGAUCGCGGAGGGGAGAUGGGUCACGGGGGGCUUGUUCGUUCCCGUGCUCGAGGACUCUGCCGCCGAUCCUGAGAAGAAGUUGGCGAUGUCGGCGCCGGCAUCGUCGUCGCGUACGUAUCAGUUUCGGUGGGCGCCGCAGCUUGGUGAUAUCAAACGACAAGCUGAGGAGAGUUCCGAGGGUGAGGACCUGUGGGCUUCGCUUAAUGGCGUCAUUAGCAUCGCUCCGUUGAAAGCGAGCUUUACUGCCGUGAAUGUGCAAGAAUAA